AUGCCACCCGGAAUUAAGAGUGUUGGAGCUACCAGCACUGUCAUGCAGAAAUAUGACGAAGCAGGAACCAGCGACGGUGAACAGCAGUUUGUAGUGGAUUGGACAGAGGGAGAGGAAAGGAGGCUUGUAAAUCGCGACAAAAGUGGAAAUGCACUUACAGAUUACUUCCUCGCCGAUGUUGGCAUUACCCAGAACCAAUACAAUGUUGGCCAGCAACUCCUAUCAGUAGGUAUUGUCAUUUGGGAGCAACUACAUUCUAUAUCGUGUUGGGCCAUCGGUGUGGAUCAGUGGGCAGAUUGUCGCUUGGUGAAUAGGACACCCACCUCGACCAGUCGCUGUAGAGAUUAUAUGCUCACGGCGUUGAUUAGGAGUUUGGUGGCUACAUUUCAGGCAUUCCAAAAGGGCCUCGGCGCGUUUCUUGUUACAAGGCUUUUGCUUGGUCUAUGCGAAUCGGGUUUUAUUCCCGCCGGUCUAUACACCAUCACUAGAUGGUACAAACGUAACGAGUCAUCUAAACGGUUCUCCUGGUUCUUUGUGGGCAAUAUGCUAGCUCAGGCUGUUAGUGGACUAGCUGCCUAUGGAAUGUGCAUUGAAGGUCUUUUCGGGAUAGUCGUUGGCGCCAUUUUCAUCUUGCUUUUUCCACGGGACGUUGCUUCGCCACUCAAUAUCUUUGGUUAUGCCUACUUCACUGAGCGUGAGACUGAAAUCCUUGUUCGUCGCCUGUUGCUCGAUGACCCCAGCAAGGCCCAGCGUCGUAGAAAUAUAAACAAAGACGAGAUCCUACGUGCAUUGACAAAUUGGAGGCUUCUCCCACAUGUUCUUCUCACCAUUGCUGCAUUAGCACCGUCUUCGACUAUGUGGUCAUAUGCACCCAAGAUAGUAGAGGGACUUGGAUAUGGACGGCUGCGGUCCAAUGCCAUGGUUUCAGUGGGACAAUGGAUUCAACUGGUCUUGAAUAUCGCUUGGGGCUACACAGCGGACAAAAUGAACAUACGAGGCCCAGUGGUAUUGGCAGGGAUGAUACUCUGGUGGGCUUUUGCACUUGCAUGCCGCCUUUUGAUCUAUUCAACCGACUCGCAUAGUCGGUAUGCCGUGCUUACACUUGCUAUUGCAUUUUCCUCAGUGUGGCGUAAGAUGUUCCCUUCCACUACCAAAGAAGGCGCAGAAUUUACUGACAUUGGACAAUCAGAUCCCGUGAACGGCUCGUGGAUGGCUCUCAACGCUCGCUCUGCGGGUGAACGAUCCAUAACACUCGCAAUCUUCAUCAUGUCUGCGAAUGCCUCGGGAAUUGUUGGAAGCCAGCUAUUUCAGUCCGGUGAUGCACCUCUGUAUCCCAUAGGAUGGAGUCUUAUCGUUUCUUUGGUGUCAUUCGGCCUGUUUCUGACUAUAUUUGCAAACAUACAGUAUUGGCUGUGUAAUUUGAGGAUCGCACGAAAAGCGAAGUCUGAUGGAAAAGAAAGGAAACUUUACUUUCAGUGA